AUGUCCGCUGUCAUACCCUCGAUCGAGCGUGAUGACGAAGGGAGCUACGCACGUGAGGAGUCUUUGUCACCGCAACAGACUCCCUGUCCAGGUCCAUCGCGGAAGAGAUGUGCAGCCAUUGCCAGCGGCCCGGCAGAUUCGCCCAAGAUGAGAAUCAUGUCGUGCGGACCUCAACGACCACGCGAAGCGACAUUCGAAGACGUCCGGAAGGCGUACAACAUCAAUAUGAGAGAAUACGAGCACGCUAUAGUCGACUGGAAGAUCAUCAACAGCAAAGGCAAUCAGAUCAUGAACUGGAUCAGACAGACAGUUGAGAGCUCCAUCCUUCAAGAAGCCAUCUUGGCUGCUACCGAGGAGAACAACACCUCCAUCCAGUUCUCGAUAGAGAAGCUUAUAACCGCCACGUGGUUUACAGAGCAGUCGGUAAGCGUGAACCGGCCAGCUCUCGGGGUCUAUAGCUAUAAGAAUAGCAUAACAACAACAUCGACUACUGUCGGGUGUGACUACGAGUCGUAUAAGAACUCGGGAGAUGACAUAAUCGACACCCCCAAGAACACAGUGUGGAUCGACAAGUAUGGCUGCUCCGACCCCCCGCUCAUGAAGACGUCGGUCAAGAUCACCAAGUGCACGACAUGCAAGGGGGCCAAGAGUAAGUGGUCCAACAUGGGCAAGAUGGCUGAGAUGAUCACCGUUGUGAUAGGUAUUGGAGCUGGCCGGGGAGCUCGUGAUCCGCGACGAGAAGGGUCACCCCAUCAUGAAGCCAAAGGACCACUUCUAGACACUCUAUCGAAACUUCUACCGACAUUGCUAUUAAAAACCAAGAGUAGUACGAAUAACGACGGCGACUUAGCGCAUGUCCCCGAUUCGCUUCCGGACGACCAGCCGCUUCGCUAUCUGACAACCGAAAGCACUAAGAUCGAGAUGCUGAACACUUUGAUCAACUCUACUAUGGGGACCGCGCAAGGGGGGCCUAGCAUUCAGCUCAUCGCAACUUCGGAUCCGAAACAAUUCAUGUUCGGCAACUUCAACUCCAAGUCAAAGUUGGACGCUUGCUCCAAAGCAUCGGUUGGUGGACUGGUCAGACAUCAAAAGCCUUUGGAGCACUUGGCCAUCAUCGAAGGAAAGAAGGUCUACCUAGAUGAAUGCGGAUAUGAUCGAUUGGGAAAUCUUUUCCUUUCGACGCGGGAUCACCGAUGA